GCAUGUUAAAAUAUCAAUUUGGUUAGAAAAUUGGAGAAGGCACUUUUGCAUAGGUCUAUAUUGGGGCUUGCAAUAAUGAAUAAGUAUAUUAAUAACAAUAUAGCUUAAGGUGGCCAUUAAAGUACUUCAGAAGGAGUCUCUAAAGACUGAUCGAGACAAAUUUAGAGUGAAUAAGGAGAUUGAAUUACUAAAUAAGGUCAAUCAUCCCAACAUUGUUAAGAUGAAGGAAGUAAUGUAAUUAUGCUUAGAGUAUAGAUUGUGGAGGAUGAAGAGUAGAUAUAUUUGAUAACUGAGUAUGUUUCUGGAGGAGAAUUGUUUGAUUAUAUUGUAGAAUAACAGAGGUAAAUACAAUAAUAAUAUUGUAGACUUACAAAUGGGGAGGCUAGACAUAUAAUUAGAUAAUUGAUAAAUGCAAUUGAAUAUUUGCAUAGUUUAGGCAUCAUUCAUAGGGACCUUAAGCCAGAAAAUAUUCUAAUGAGAGAUAAUGGAGAUAUUUGUUUAAUAGAUUUUGGUCUUUCAAUGGAAGUCACAACAGGAUAGUUAUUAGUAACAGCUUGUGGAAGUCCUUGUUAUGCUGCUCCUGAAAUGUUAGAAGGCAAAAAUUAUGAUGGUACAAAAACUGACAUUUGGAGUUGUGGUGUAAUUCUUUAUGCUAUGCUAUGUGGUUAUUUGCCUUUUGAUGAAGAAAAUACAUAAGUAAUAUUUUAGACAUUAUAUUUAAGGAUUUAUAUGAGAAGAUUAAAUUAUGUUAAUAUACUAUUCCUAAUUCAUUACAUGAAGAUGCCAGAGAUCUUAUUAGCAAAAUUCUAGCUAAAGAUGAUUAAAGAAUCAAUAUAGGGUAGAUAAAAAAUCAUCGAUUCUUUUUAAAUGAUGAAUAGAAUAGUAAUGAAUUGUCAAUUGAAUAAAUUUAAUAGCCUAUUGAAGAUUAAGAAAAUUUAGAUAACUAAAAUUAAUAAGCAUCCUUUAUUUAAUAACAACAUUAGGAAGAAGAAACUGUUGAAUAUAUUCAUCCAAUAUAAGAAAUUUAGAACAGACCUAGAGGACAUACAUUAAAAAGAGAAUCUAUAAUGAAUGAAUUGGAAGUCAAUAUAAAUCCAAUAUAACCAAAAAAUAAAUUUGAAAUACCAAUUCCUAGUAAAGAUAAAAAAAACUUGAAAACUAUUGAAGAAGCAUUUUAGAUAAUACAAGAAUCUUCUAGAUAAAAAGAUAGAAGGAUUACAGAGGAAUAGAAAUAAUUAUAAAUUUAAUUGCCUAAUAAGCCAGCGAUGAAAAUCAACACUAAUAAACCAUAUACUAAAAUUAAGUAUGUACAAACUAUUAGAUAUCGUAAUUGA